AAACCUUACAAAACAUCAUCCAAUAGAAUUCCAGAUUGAAGACAGGAUGUAGGGUAGAGUACUUCCGGUGUGGAAAGGAAGAGGGGACCCGGUGGGUGUUGGUGAAAAAUGAUUCGUUUCAUCCUGAUCCAGAACCGUGCAGGGAAGACCCGCCUGGCCAAGUGGUACAUGCAGUUUGAUGAUGAUGAGAAGCAGAAGCUGAUUGAGGAGGUGCAUGCCUGUGUGACAGUCCGAGAUGCCAAGCACACAAACUUUGUCGAGUUUCGUAACUUCAAGAUCGUGUACAGAAGAUACGCAGGACUGUACUUCUGUAUAUGUGUGGAUGUAAAUGACAACAACCUGAUGUACCUUGAAGCCAUCCACAAUUUUGUUGAGGUGCUGAAUGAAUAUUUCCACAAUGUUUGUGAACUGGACCUGGUCUUUAACUUCUACAAGGUGUAUUCAGUGGUAGAUGAGAUGUUCCUGGCAGGGGAGAUCCGGGAGACAAGUCAGACAAAAGUCCUCAAACAGCUCCUCAUGUUAGGGUCUCUGGAGUGACGGAUCAUGGGAAGGAAUGGCCAAAUCAAAGUGAAAAGUCUCUGCACUUCAACUGCCCAGGAGUUCAGGUGUAGAGACAGAAAUGAUUGAAGGGGGGGGGGGGAAAGGAGGGUCUGUUUUGAUCAACAGUUUGGACAUAAACAUAGUUUGAGCCAUGAAGAAGGUCUCCUUUUGACCUGUGAAUAGCUUCAUCAGAUGUAGAAGUAUUUUGAAGGUAAAGUUCCAUCCACAGCCGUGUUUGGGACUGCAUUCUUGCUGCAACACCAUGUUCAAUAGCACAGUUCACAGCUCCCUGAAGGAAGCAGGUAAUAAGUUGUGGAAGUGUUAACAGGUGACAAAAUAUUUGGCUGAGUGGAAGGAACUUUACCUCCAAGGGUAUCUUUUGAUGUUAUUGAACAAGCAGACAUCUGAGUCAUCCUGGAUAAGUAUUAACUGUGGCGUAAAAGUUGUUGGUAGUUGUGGUCUUUGAAAAGAUUGUGGCAAUAUUGUCCAAUACACCCUGUUGUAGUCCAGACCAAUAUGUAAAAUCAUAUGUAUAUGAUAAAUCUGUUGUGUCAAUCAUUAUCUUAGUAACCUGGAACAAAUGGUUGAUUUGUAAUCUUGUACAUGUAUAUCAAUGAGUGACUCAUUGUUCUUGUGACAGCACUUGCUUGACUGCGAUGAAGUAGUCUUUAGUAUGAUAUGUAUUUUAUACUAUUUUAGUGUACUAGUAUUUAGUAGCGCUCCUGCAAGUGUUCAACAUGACAAUUCCUGACAUUCCUAUAUUUAGUGCACCUAUCAAUGAAGUCUAGAGAGAGAACAUACAGUUAACUUUUGAUCAAAAUUUUGAAAAAUAUUUGUCAGGUUUUGUUCAAAGUUGGGCAUGAGAAAAGCAUUGUUCCCCCUCGUUCCUAAAAUCAGUAAGAUCAGAAUGUAGAAGAAAAAAGUUUUUUCAAAAUCAGUGGUACUUACCAUUAAAUUUUGUAGGUGCUUAAAUCAGAAUGUUUUUUUUUUAAAUUUAAUCUGAUGAUUUUUGUCAAGACGUACACAUUUAGGUUGUUACAACUUCAAGGAACUUGUCUUCCAUUGUAGUUCCAGUGAGCUAUAGGUAUACCAUGUAAGACCCACAACUUGUCAGCAAGGUUGCAGUACUUCCCAUUAUCAAGUUUGAAAAAUAUUUGACAUACUUAAUAUAUGUGAAAUGUAGUGCCUCAUGAGCAGUUAACGACUGCAAUACAAUUUACGCAAAUGUUGAUGUGUACUAUAUAGGGGCCAAUAACAUGCUAAAGAUUGGAAACUGUAAGCCAGGUAAUGUUAACCUGGUAUCCACCUUUUUCUAGCUUUGGGUACAGGCAAACGUUCUGAUCGACAAGGUCCCCAUAACCACUAUAACUCAUAUUCAAGCAGACAUUUGGCAGUUUGAUCUCAUUUACCCUGCUUCUGAAAUGAAUUCAUUACCUGAAAUAAUGCAUGAGUAAGGACCAACUGUGGCAUGCCAGAUGAGUGAUAGACUCUGCAGAGAAGUGAUCUGAAGGGUGAGCAGGAGCUAGAAUAGGCUGGAUAUCGGGCUAUGUAAGGAAGUCUUCAAGCCUGCCUGAAGUCAUACACUUUAUGGUGAAUCCAUUUAGAAAUGGAAGAUUGCAACCCCUGUACUAUAGCAGUAUCACAGAUAAUGAAGAAAUGUGUGCUGAAUGUACCACAUACAACAAUAUCAAUUAAAAAAAAAUAAAGUACAAAA